AUGGCUAGAAAGAAAGUUGUUUCGAGCGUUGUUUUCUUUGUUUUGUUGGGUGUCGUUGUUUGCUCGGCUGCUCGGACUCUCUUGGACUCCGGCGGCUAUUAUCCUUACUCCGGCGGUGGUGGAGGUGGCGGCGAUGGCGGUGGUGGAGGCGGUGGUUAUGCCGGCGGCGGGUUCGGAGGUGGCGGUGGUAAGGGUUCCGGCGGANACGGUGGAGGAAGUGGAGGAGGCGGCGGCUACACCCCGGGUGGUGGAGCCGGUGGUUAUGGAGGCGGCGAAGGUGGAGGAGCGGGUGGCGGUGGAGGGUACGCCGGCGGUGGUUACGGAGGUGGUGGUGGGCGUGGUGGAGGAGGAGGUGGCGGCACGGGAGGUUAUGGCGGUGGUGAAGGUGGUGGUGCCGGUGGCGGCGGCGGCGGCUAUGCCGGAGGUGGGUAUGGCGGUGGCUCCGGCGGAGGACAAGGUGGAGGGCAUGGUGGCUAUGUUCCAUAG